AUGACAACCUCCGAGCUCGAGAACCAGGCAACAGAGCUCUCGCGACAACUAUCGAGCUCCGAAGUCGAGUCACUAGCAAGCGAGCUCUUCGACGACGCGCUGGUACCUACACAUACUUCCAGCUGGCCGCCACAGUCGGACGCGCACCGACUUGACGAGGAGGAGGAAGAUCGGGAGAACGAGCGAGAGGCGCAGAAUAGCGGCACGUCCGCGACCGAGACUGAGAAUUCGGGUUUAUCUGAAAAGCCGGAGCAGAGUAGUAAUAUGCCACACGCGGGAGGACCGCCCGCGAAGCAUGGAUUGUUUAGUCCAAAGCUGAGGGAGAAGCGUCUUGCUGUGGUCAAAAAGAUUGGAAUUUCUAUUCUUUUGAUGGGAACUUUGAUGCUGACGCUUUUCUCAAUCUACUGGGGCUCUUUCUAUAAACGACUCUCCUACCUAGACCGCGUGCACCUAUGGAUCGUCAACAACGACGACGGCGACCUCGUCGGCUCUUCAUUCACCACCAUCGCGCACUCCUUCGCGACAGCAAAGAAAACCGUGAACGUCGAGACAGUCGACAGCCUGACCUACGACGAGAUCAUCAAGCUCGUGCAGGACGAACACACAUGGGGCGUGUUCUACAUCCCCGCCAACUCCACCAGCGCGCUCGAGACCGCGCUCGCGAGCCCGUCAGCGUCUGAAGCUGCGGCGUACUCGGGCGCAGACUCGGUGCGGUUUAUGUACUCGCAGGCGCGCGACCAGCUCGCGAUGGGAUACAUCGUGACCUGGGUGAACGAGCUCGAGCGGAACUACACGGCCGAGUUUGCGAUGCAAGUGCUUUCGCUGACGACGUCGUCGUCGUCGUCAAAGUAUGAUCUGUCGACGAUCGUGAGCGACGCGCCGCAUUUGAUUACGCGGCCGAGCUCGAUCGAGCUCGAGAACUUGUUCCCGUUUGAUAAUCCGACGGCGACGGCGACGACGCAGGUCGGUCUUAUCUUCAUCGUCAUCACGUCUUUCUUCCAAUUCAACUUCUUCGCGCCGAUCCACGCGCUGAUCUCGCCCGAGCUCAAACGCUCACACCUGAUCUUCUACCGCUACCUCUCGUCCUGGGUGGCCUACUUCUUCCUCUCGCUCUUCUACUCGCUCGUGUCGCUCGCGUUCCAGAUGGACUUUACGCGCACGUUCGGCCGCGCGGGCUUCGUCAUCUUCUGGAUGACAAACUACCUCGGCAUGCUCUCCGUCGGCAUCUUCCUCGAAAACCUCGCGCUGAUCUGCAUCUCGACCUUCCCGCCCAUCCUCGGCUUCGGCCUCAUCUGCACCGUCAUCUCAAACAUCUCGCCCGCGUUCUACUCGAUCCCGCUCCAGCACCGGUUCUACAGAUACGGCUACGCGCUGCCGAUCAAGAACCUUGCCGACGCGACCCGGACAAUCAUGUUCGACACGCAUAAUACGAUGGGGAGGAACUACGGCGUGCUGGUGGCGUGGAUCGCGAUCGAUAUGAUUAUGCUGCCGUUUUCGCUGAAUUUCUUUGGAAAGACAAUGAUGAAGCGCAAGAUGGCGGAGAUGAAGGCGCAGGCUAAGAAGUAA